GACUCGUAUGUUUCACCGUUGCAGUGAACAUUGACACUAUAUAAUGAUGAAGAUGACAUUGUGUAGAUGAAAACUAUUUUCUUACUGCAGAUGGAUGUGAGUGAAGUGUCUUGGAUGUUGAUAGUAAGACACUUAAAUAGAGGAGUGAAGUGUCUCACAUGCUAGCUAGUUCGAAGUGGCGUAUCGCACAUGCAAGCUACUCCGAAGUGACGUGUCGCACAUGCAAGCUACUCCGAAAUGAUGUGUCAACCAUGCAAGCUACUAAGAAGUGGAAUGUUCAGCAUGCAAGAGAGAUGACAGCCACAUGUCAGACAUGCAGACACACACUCCAAAUGAAUUGGCGCCUCCACUCAUUCCUUGCACAUGGGCGCCAAUUCAAGUGGAGACGCCUUAUCAAAGCAUGCAUUCAGACCUCGAAACCAAGUAAUCAGACCUAGGUCUUGCAUGCAUGUCCCUAUGGAGGUGCCAAUUUGAACGGCGACCCCUCUUAAAGGUUGUACAUGGUCGCCAAUUCAAGUGGAGACACCAUGCAAGCAUAACUUUUCAUGCUCCCAUCCAGUUGCCUAUAAAUACAUCCACUCCAUCAACACUUCUUCCACACCAUCACUCUCAUUACUUCUUCUACAAUACUUCUUCUACAAUUUCAUAUGCAAUAACUUCUUGUAGUUUCAUCUACACCAACCCCCCGACAAAAUGUCUAUCCUCACAAUGGGCGAAUCACAUAGAGGAACGGUUGCAAACAUCGCAACAUAUGUAAGUUUUUUCUUUUGUUAACUUUUUAUCUUUCAUCUUCACCAACCCCCUUUUAUUUUAACAUACCAACUUAGUCAAGUUUUUUGCUCUUUCUUUUAUAGGAUGUAUCAAGGUUCCGAACUCGGGUCGACGAAUAUGUCCAUGUGGACCCGAUGAUUCAACCUUAUGUUGAACUCGUCGGUUUUGGUCAUAUAAGCAAGAUUUUAUCUUGGUCCGUAGAUAGCAAAUUCAUUCUAGUUUUAUGCGAAAGAUGGAGAUCAGAGACACACACAUUUUGGUUCCCAACCGGUGAGUGUACCGUGACGUUAGAAGACGUCUACAUGCUUUUGGGACUACCCAUUGAAGGUAAGGUUGUUAAUGGUAAAACCAACUAUGCGAAUUCAAUUUGCAUGGAUCUCUUGAAGACUGAUUUGUUAGAUGAUAACGCAAGAGGUCAAGGUAUACUACUUUCAUGCCUUAAGUCGUACUAUAAUAGUUUAUACUUAGAUGAGCAUUCUACCGAAGAUGCUCAAAUAAUAAAAAUUAGGUGUUACAUUAUGCUGUUAAUUGGCUCGUUUUUAUUUCCCGAAGGUAGUGGUUCUAGCAUGCAUAUUAUGUAUUUACCUUUACUUAGACAUGUAAAUAGAAUAGGAAGUUACAGUUGGGGAUCUGCUUGUCUAGCCUAUCUCUAUAGCUCCUUGUGCAAAAACUCACACAAAGACACAUCUACAUUUUCUGGAUGUGCUGUUUUGCUACAAACAUGGGGUUGGUCAAGACUACCGUCCCUAGCACCCGUCAACAACAACCCUUUCACAUUUAUGUAUGCACAAAAAUGGUCUGCACGUGGUAUGAGUUACAACAGAUGUCCAAGACACUGUAUUACUCAGUAUCGCAACCUGUUGGAUCACCUUCGACUGACAGACGUAAGGAAAAUAACUUAAUUAUUUCGUUAUAUUUUGUUAACUUCUUCUACCUUGACUAUAAUCCAAUCUUCUUUUACAUUUCAGUGUUGGUGUAAG